AUGUCUGGUGGGCGCAAUAGAAUGCAAGGUGGAAAUACCGAGAGUCAAGCGUCUGCUGUGCCGCAGGGAGAUGGUCAGAGGAGAGCGACGCCGGAGUUGGAGGUUGUCACAGGUCAACCCGCCGCGACCCGCAGAAGAGCGGAGGAGGCGCGGCGACCAGAGUGGACCAUGAGCAGCACCGUAAGGGACAUCCUGCUGGAGGGAAGCAAUGGAAUGGCCAAAAUGAAGCUCAAUGAUUUCAUUCGGGAUUAUGUUGGCGGCGGGGCAGCCGUUGAUGAAGACCACAAUGUUACGAUGGAGGUGUUUUUCCAUAAGCCGGAUGAUUACGUACAAGACCAGCAGCUUUUUGAUGAGAUUCAUAAUUUAACAGAGUACCAAGGGCUAGAAGGGAGGGGGAUACUAUUGGAGGCUACUACUAGGCUUGAAGGAGAAGGCGUGUUCAUUCUUGAAGAAUGGAGGGACUUUGGAAGAAAGGCUACGGUCGCUCUUUUUGCAAGGAAAAAACUGGACAAAGUUCUCACCCAAGUACUGGAAGAAAAUAUGCUUGAGGCAAGAGGAAGAGCAUGGCAGCAACGAGAAAUAGAAUUUAAGAUUCCCACUAAUAUCGAAGAUGUACUGUUUAAAGGUAGUCCUCGCUUCAUGGAAAUAAAGCUGAAUGAUUUUCUUGCGUUGGAAUUGUGCGGCUGGGGCAUUUUGCGCGCCAAUCGGAAUGUCUUGUUGAAGGAGUUUUUCCGGGAACCCUCGAAGUAUAUCCGUGAUGCGGGAGUAUUGGCCGAAGUACAGGCAUCAGUUUAUUAUGUGUUGAUGGAUAUUGCCGUAUGGAAUGAAAUGGUUUUUGAUGAGGAUAUACGCAAGCUUCACGAGAAUGGUGUACACAAACUAUUUGAGUGGUCAGAAGCUGCUGCGGACGUAAAAGCAAGUGUUGAACGCAUCACUAAACAGUUUUUGGAUGCAGCCGUCAU